AUGAAUUCCCACAACAGUGAUAUACUGGCUUCUGGAUGUAAACGACCUGAUUGGACUAUAUUAGGUAAAGUAACAGACAAGGGUGAAACUGUUCUAUUUAAAGAGAAAUUCUUUGACUGGCCUGAUACUUCACGUAUACAGCUGAAGUCAUUAAAACCGGGGAAAUCAGCUUCUAUGGAGAGUUCACCUGCCGUUGCUUCAUUAGCAAUGGAACCGUAUUCAGCUGUUGAAUUGUACGACAGUACAAUCAAUAAUCCACCUCCACCUCCAAAUUUACUGACUCUUGAAGGACGUUACGUUGGUCGAGGUGGUAGAGUAUGCCGUUAUGAAGAUGGUAUCUUACGACAGUUUUGUGUAGAAACAGCUGAAUUACGUGUAUGGCAUGUGUCUGAAUUUGCUAGAUUUGAAAUGCCUAUAACAAGUCAUGGACAAUUUCAUAAAGAAAAUACUUAUGUCAUCCGAUGGUCGUAUAAAAUAGCUCAUAAUAGUGUACGAAAUGGCAAUAAGCGUAAUAGUGAAAAUAUUCGAGAACAUUGUGCUUAUUUCUUUUGGCAAGGAUCACAGAGUAAAAUCACGGAAAAAGGCGCAGCAGCUUUAAUGACUAUUGAAUUAGACGAGGAAAGAGGUCCACAGAUCAGAGUAAUAGAAGGAAAGGAACCGCCAGUAUUUUGUCAUUUAUUCAGUGGCAGAAUGAUUGUACACGAUGGAAAGAGAACAGCGCCGAAACUUCCUAGUCCACGUAUGUUUAUUGUUCGUGGUGAAGUAAUGGAAGAAGGUCAUCUGAUUGAAGUUCCAGUCUCAUUGAGUUCAUUACGUCCACAAGGUGUAUUAUUUUUAAUACAAUGUAAAAAAUUGUUGGCUAACACAGAUUCACCACAAAUUAUUAAGGCUUACUGUUGGAUUGGUCAUUUAGUUCCAAAGGCUAAUUUAAUCACUGCAAGAUAUGUUCUUAGUCAAUUAAAGAAAUGCUGUCCAUCGGAACUUGGUACAGAUUUAGGCGAUAUUUUUGAAAUUCAUCAAAAUGAUAGAAAUGAAAUGUCCAAAGAAUUUUUAAAUAUUCUUCAGUUAGAGGAUCAAAUCUCAGGUCCAUUGUGUCUGGAUGCAAUUAAGGCUCACAGUCGACUAGAUAUCUGGCAGUUCACUCAUCAUCGAGGACGUAAAUUAGGCGUUGAACGACUGAAUUAUGCUCUUCAACCAGAUCCUUCAAGUUUACCACUGGAUGAUAAUAUGUCAACAGCAAUAACUGGUGAAGGUAUCACUGAAAGAUUAUUAGCUACAAAGAACUUAGUUACCAGUCAAUUAUCUAAAGCUCCAAUAGAACCAGCAUUUCCAUUUCUACUUGGUGAUCUUUAUGGUAUACCACAACCGUCCUUAUUUUUGAUCGUAUCCGGUCUGCCAGCUGUUUAUAUUUGGCAAGGAUGGUGGCCUGUAUCUGGAAUGACAAAAUCUCGAUUUAUGUCACAAAAAUUACUUAGAUCAUCAUCAACGUAUAGUAGAUCUUCAUCAACAACUGGAGAAUAUAAAGAUGAUUGUUUGUGGAGUACAUCUUUUGAUGAUUAUUAUGAUUAUAAUUCAUCAGUGUCAGUAGAUGGUUCAAUCGAUCUAGAUGAUAAUAAACCGCCUGCAACAACAGGAACAGGUCGUGCACGUUUUUUUGCUGUACGUAAAGCUGCAAUGCAUACGGCUAAAGCGUUGGCAGAUAAACUGAAUACAAAAGCCUAUUUAAUUUAUGCUGGAUUAGAACCUCCAGAGUUUUUGGCAUUAUUCCCACCGUAUGAUCGAGCUACUGAUUCAGUAGCUUAUCAUCAAUGUGAGGAGGGCAAAACAGAUGGUCAAAAAGACUUGGUUGAUAAUCUAUUAGAUUCGUAUAGUUCAGCUGCGUAUACAUUAAGUGAUUUACAACAACGUCCUCUACCACCAGAAUUGGAUGCAACUUGUUUAGAAACUUAUUUGGACGAUAAAACUUUCCAGGCUGUAUUUUCUAUGUCUAGAGAAGAAUUUGCAAAAUUACCCAUCUGGAAACAGACAGAAUUGAAAAAACCAUUAGGAUUAUUUUAA